AUGCCAAAGAAUAAGAAUAAGGGACCAAAAAUGACUACGGUCACCACCAAAUCUGGUGAACAAUUAAAAGUUUUCGAAGAUUUAAACGACUUUGAAACGUACAUCAAAAACGAAACCGAAGAUAAUGAAUUCGAUAACGUUCAUUGUCACUUGAAAUAUUACCCACCAUUUGUGUUACAUGAUGCUCGUGAUGAUCCUGAAAAGAUUAAAGAUACGGCAAAUUCUCACUCCAAGAAGUUCGUUAGACAUUUACACCAACAUGUGGAAAAACAUUUGUUGAAAGAUAUCAAGAUGGCGUUGGAUCAACCUGAUUUAAAAUUUAAGAAUAAAUCAAAACAGGAAACUUUCGAAAAAAUUGUGUGGAAUUAUGAUGAUGAGACAGAAUUGAACGACAAAAGAUUUAAGGUUACGGUCGAGGUUACUUGUAAUCACGACGGUGCUAUGGUUGAUGUAGAUUAUAAAACUGCACCUGUUACUAAUAAUUCAACCACGGAAUCUAAUGAACAAAUGAUUUGA